AGCGCGCGCAGGCGCAGUGCGCGCUCAGCCCGGCUCCCCCCUUCAGAGCGCGCGGAGGUGGCGAGCCCGCCGGCCGAGGUCUCUAAAAGACUGGAGCAAGGAACCACUUCGUAGACACCUUUGCUCCGGUGCUUUAACACGGCGCCUUCCCGCGCGAGGAUUUGCCUCUUCAAGGAAACGCCUCUGCCCCAUCUUGUGGAAAAGCACCGUCGGGGAGAUGAUUAUCCAGAGAGUGGUCUUGAAUUCGCGACCUGGAAAAAACGGGACUCCAGCGGCAGAGAAUUUCCGCGUGGAAGAGGCCACUCUGCCGGAUCAAAUCUCCGAGGGACAAGUACGUGUUCGAACCCUCUACCUCUCCGUGGAUCCUUACAUGCGCUGUCGGCUGAACGAAGAGACCGGGGUUGACUAUCUGAAGCCCUGGCAGCUGUCUCAGGUGACUGACGGCGGUGGCGUGGGUAUCGUGGAGGAGAGUAAAUACGCCCACUUGUCCGAGGGAGACUUCGUGACCUCUUUCUCUUGGCCCUGGCAGACCCGAGCCAUCCUGGACGGAGAGAUCCUUGAGAAGGUAACUCCGCAGCUGGUGGACGGUCACCUUUCCUACUUCCUCGGAGCGAUAGGCAUGCCCGGGUUGACUUCCUUGUUGGGAAUAAAGGAAAAAGGCCACGUAACAGCGGGCUCCAACCAGACGAUGGUUGUCAGCGGGGCCGCCGGAUGCUGUGGAUCACUGGCCGGGCAGAUCGCCCGAUUGGAAGGGUGCUCCCGAGUGGUGGGGAUCUGCGGGACGGACGAGAAGCGCUCCGUCUUGGUCUCCGAGCUGGGGUUCGACGCCGCCGUCAACUACAGGACAGAGGACGUGGAGGGGCAGCUGCGGGACCUCUGCCCGGCCGGAGUGGACGUCUACUUCGACAACGUCGGCGGGAGCGUCAGCGACGCCGUCAUCCGGCAGAUGAACGAGAACGGCCACGUCGUCCUUUGCGGCCAGAUCUCUCAGUACAACAGGGAUGUGCCCUACCCUCCUCAGCUACCUCCUGCGGUAGAAGCAAUUUUGAAAGAAAGAAACAUUACGAGGGAAAGGUUCACGGUGCUCAAUUAUCGCGAUAAGUUCGAUUCUGGAAUCCUGCAGCUGAGCCGGUGGUUUAGAGAAGGGAAACUCAAGGUAAAAGAGACCGUCAUAAACGGCCUGGAAAACAUGGGAGCCGCUUUCCAGUCCAUGAUGACAGGAGGCAACAUUGGAAAGCAGAUCGUGCGUAUCUCUGACUAAAAAAUCUCCGCCGCGACUCCCGCCCGCCGUCAACGAGAAACGAUAAGCACGGUUCUGUUCAUUUGAGCAACUGGAGAUAUUCUCGUGGUCUACGGUUAGAAAAUCUUGUGGCAUAAGUAGAACGAAUGAUAUUGGCCUUAGUCCUGA